GGAAGGCGCCCUCUGUGCAUCUCUUUGUCUCUCUGGCCGCCUCUGCCUCCAUCUCUGUGUGUCUGUGUCUUCGUCCCUGUCUCUGACUCUGCGUUUCGGCUUGGGUGUCUCUCUCCUACCCCCUGUCUCUCUGUGUCCUGUCUGUCUCUGCCUCUCGUGUCUCUCUCUCGGCAGCGCCCUCCCCGUCUCUGCCUCUCUGAGUCCCUAGCUCGCUCCCUCUCUAAAUCUGUGUCCCUAUAGCCCCCUGCUAUAGGGGGGCUGACUCUCCCUGCAUCUCCCUCCCCUGUCUGUGAAUUUCUCUGCGUCCAUUUCCGGUCCUAUCCCUCCGGUCCCUGGCUCCCUGCCGUGCUUCCUCUGGUCCCGAGUCUCCCCUUCAUCUCCCGCCGGGCCCUCCUCCCUGUGGCCACCUCCUCCUGUGGUCUCGCGGGGCAGGGUGGGCGCCUGGGCGUGCUGCGCGCGCCCUCAUGUGGCCGGCAGGGGCUGCGUGUGAGCGCCAGAAGGGGAGUGCUGGGGAGCGGGGGACGCUGGUUUUCGCGGUGACACCGGGAAAUGGCGUGUGACACCUGGAGGCUGUGUGAGUGUGUACUGCCGGGAGACGGCGUGCGACAUCUGGAGAGUGUCCCGGCCCAGAGCAGCAACAGCCUCAACUCCCGCGCGUCUUUUGACCCCUUCCCCGCCGCAACCAUGUCCAACAACAUGGCCAAGAUUGCCGAGGCCCGCAAGACGGUGGAACAGCUGAAGCUGGAGGUGAACAUCGACCGCAUGAAGGUGUCGCAGGCAGCAGCGGAACUCCUGGCUUUCUGCGAAACGCAUGCAAAAGAUGACCCGCUGGUGACGCCAGUACCUGCCGCGGAGAACCCCUUCCGCGACAAGCGCCUCUUUUGUGUUCUGCUGUGAACCCUCCAGACAGCUUACCCUCCCCUGCCAAAGUAUGGAUCCAAUAAACUUGGUAACUGUG